AUGGAGGCGGGCAGCGGCGGGGGGCUGCCGGUACCGGGAGACCCCCCGGGCGGGGAGGCGGCCCCUACGGUCCACCCCGCUCCUCCCGGCGGCUCCCCGGGCUCCGAGCCGCGGAAAAGGCGGAGGAAGCGCAGCGUUCCCUCCAUCAACCUCACCAGCUGCAAGUACGAGAGCGUGCGGCGGGCGGCGCGGUGCUGCGGGCUGAAGGAAGUGGGAGAAAACGAGGAGUGGACGGUGUAUUGGACAGACUACUCGGUCUCCCUGGAGCGCGUCAUGAAAAUGAAGCGGUUUCAGAAAAUCAACCAUUUUCCAGGCAUGAUAGAGAUCUGCCGUAAGGACUUACUGGCUCGCAACCUUAACCGCAUGCUCAGGCUCUUUCCCAAGGAGUACAAUAUAUUUCCCCGCACUUGGUGCCUGCCAGCUGACUAUGGAAACUUCCAGGCCUACAGGCGCACAAGGAAAAACAGAACAUUCAUCUGCAAGCCCGACAGUGGCUGCCAGGGGAGAGGCAUCUUCAUCACACGCAAUCCAGAGGAGAUCAAACACGGGGAGCAUAUGAUCUGUCAGCAGUACAUCGCUAAGCCUUUCCUGAUUGAUGGCUUUAAAUUCGACAUGCGUAUCUAUGUGCUUGUCACGUCUUGUGACCCGCUGAGGAUUUUUGUCUACAAGGAGGGUCUGGCCCGGUUUGCCACCAUGAGGUACAUCGAUCCCAGCAGCAGAAACCUGGGUGAUAUCUGCAUGCAUUUGACCAAUUAUGCUAUCAACAAACGUAAUGAGAACUUCGUCCAGGACGACACGAUGGGCAGUAAGAGGAAACUGUCCACCGUGAAUGCCUGGAUGAUGAAUAACAGCUACAACACCACAAAACUCUGGGAAGAUAUUGAAGAUAUUAUUAUAAAGACUCUUAUUUCAGCUCACCCUGUUGUGAAGCACAAUUACCAAAGCUGCUUCCCGAACCACACCACUGUCUGUGCCUGCUUUGAGAUACUGGGCUUCGAUAUUUUGCUGGACAGAAGGUUGAAGCCGUGGCUGCUAGAGGUGAACCACUCUCCCAGCUUCACCACAGACUCUCGCCUGGACCGCGAGGUGAAGGACGCUCUGCUCUGUGACACCAUCAAGUUGAUAAAUGUGGAUGCCUGUGACAAAAGGAGGGUGCUGGAGGAGGACAAACAGCGGGCAAAGGAACGGCUCCUGCAGGGCCACCAGGCUUUCCGUGCAUCCAGGCGUGAGGGGUUGGAGAGCAGCCAGGCUGCCUGGCUGUCCCAGGCGGAGAAGUACGAGGACUCCCACCUGGGCGGUUACCGGCGCAUCUAUCCCGCCUGUGGAACAGAGAAGUAUGAGCCAUUUUUCAAGCAGAGCUGCUCCCUCUUCCACGAAACGGUGUCAUCCAAGGCACGGGAGGAGUGUGCCAGGCAUCAACUGGAGGAAAUUCGCCUGAAAAAAGAAAAGGUGAAAGCUAUUACCAGGAAGCAGAAAAAGGAGAGGAAAGAAGACCUGCCUGGAGAGCCAGCUGGGGAGAAAUCCCAGAUCCAUAAUAAAGGCACAGCUCCUACAACCCGCCUCACCUAUAGAAGCACCAGGAUGUGGGACAGAAAGCUGCAGCGCGUGCAGUACGACUCUAUGCGACCCCAGGAUAUCGUGGAAAGCGAGGAGAAGAAAAGAGUAGAUGCUCUUCUGCAGCGUGGGAACCUUAUCCGGGGCCUGGGCAUCGUGGACCAGCUCUCCCAGCUGCUCCCCACCGCCAACAGACCAGCCGACCCCCAGGGACCCUACGCUGCUCUCUCCAGCAGCCAGCCACAGUUCCUCUGGGAUGUGCUCAAGGCCCAGGACACCCACCGCUUAAUGACGCUCAUCCCCCUCUCUCCGGGAGGUGCAGCCCAGCCUUCGGGACAGCCCUUCGCGCACCAGCCCAGAGCUGCUGCCGAGCUGCUGGCCAGCCUGGGCUCAGACGCCACCGCCACGGGCAACCUCCUGGUUCGAGGCCAGAGCAUCCUUCGCCUUAAGCAGCCCAUGGUGCAGCAGGGCCCCUGGGCGCAGGACACGGGCUGGCUGCGUGGCCAGGCAGUGGGGACGGUGGUGGUUCCCCAGCCCCACACCCAACCCAAGGGGCUGCAAGUGAGAGGCCAGCGGCUCCCCGGCACCGGGAACAAGGCUGAAGGCUGGGAAGCUGGCAGGCUGUCCUGCACGGGCAGCAGUCACCCGGUGUCCCCCGCCAGCGUGGGGAGCAGCACAGGCGAUGGCAUCUUCAUCCCUGUCACCAUCCAGGCGCUCCCCGCGGCCCCCGCACAGCACACGCGUGUCCCGCACCCCAGCACAGGUAAGGGGGCAGGGGACACCCGCGCUCGGCCUUCCCGCGGGGGGUGCUCACAACACCCGCGGCUGCUGGGCGGGGAGGGUCGCCCCCGC